AUGAAAGCAAAGAGCAAAAAGGUUAAGAAUACAGAUAUUUUAUCUGCUGGAAGUAAAAUAUAUGCAAAAAAAAGAAAGGCAAAACAAGAAACAGUGGAAUAUGUAGAGUUUGAUCCAGAGAAAAGACAAGAGUAUCUGACUGGAUUUCAUAAAAGAAAACUGGAAAGAAAGAAUAAAACAAAAGAAAAAUAUGCAAAAUUGGCCAAAGAAGAAAAACUACGUAGUCGUAGAGAAGCAAGAGAAGAAAGACAAAGACUUGCAGAUAAAAAUGUACAGGAAAUGGCAGCCAUGUUGAGAGUUGGUAUUGAUGAACCAGAUCAUUUUGAUGAUGAUGAUGAUGAUGAAGAAAAAGAGGAAGAAAAGAGAGAUCCAGUUGUAAAAGAGUUCAAGUCAGAGACAUCCUUGACGACAGUAACAGUGAUUGAAGACUUGGGAGAGGAUAGCAAUUAA